GAUAUAGUUUAUGCUCAAUGUGAAAUCCAGGAAGAAAAUGAAGAAUGCUCGUCUGACUGCUGGGAUGCAGGUUCAAAGAUUGUCGCCUAUUCGUCAGUUAGCAGGGAGGACUAUUCAAAACAGCAAAAUGAAGAUCACCACACGAUGCCUUCAAGCGAUUCCUCAGAUAUACAGGUCGAUGUAUUAGAUGAUGAUUAUGAAAAUUGUCGAAUGCUGAUUGCUGGUCUUAGAGGUGUAGGCAAAAGCGCCCUAACCAACUCUAUUGCCGGAAGUGACGUUCAAGUAUCUAAAGGCUCACUGGGAUCUGUUACACAAAAAGCCUCUCAAAUAAAAUGUAAAAGAAAGGAAAGAUAUCUAGUAUGUUUUGACACACCUGGUUUGUCUACGAUUAAUGACACAAAACUAGUGCAGGAACAAUACGAGAAAUGUUUGAUCAAAGCCGCUCCUGGAUUUCACGCCAUAUUAGUCGUGCAAAAAGCUAUAAGCUUCUCAGAUGACAACGAAAACUUCCUAAACAAGAUCACAAAGAUGUUUGGGGAAGACCUAUGGAAAUUCGUUGUGUUUGUUUUUACUCAUAUUGAUCAAAUAGAGGAAAGUUUGGAGAAAACAAUAGGAAAGGGAGACAAGCGCUUGCACUACUGGCUUCACAAAUGUGAACACCGGUACGUGGGAAUUAAUAACAAGGCAAAGGGGGAAGAAAAUGAGAAGCAAAUUUCAAAACUGCUCGAUGUUGUGGAGAAGAUGAAACAGGUGAAUUGUUGCAAGAUAUACACCAAUGAAGACUUUAAGAAAACCUAUACUAUGUUAAAGGUUGCUGCACGUGACCUAAAGGUGUCCGUUCAAAAUAUCCGUGACAAUCCAGGAAAAAUAUUAGGAUUUACAUUAGAAGUAUUAAAAUAUUUUAAUAACCCUUGAGGCUGAAAAUAGAGGGAAAUAGAGAGAAGAAAGAGGAGGAUAGAGCGAAAGAGAGAAGGAAAGGAGAAAGCAAAAGGGUGAGAGAGGGGGAGACAAGAAGAGAAGGAAAUGCAGAGAGAGGGGGGGUGGGGACAGACAAACAGACAGAGAAGACAAGGGACAGACAGAAAGUGUGAUUUUAAUAAUGUUCUCCAAAGAACCAUAUGUUCAUAUACAUAUGAUUUUCUUUUUGGUUGUAGUUGUUUACUGUAUCAAAUAUGAACAUUUAUCAGCUCUCAGUAAGUUUUCCGGAUUCACUAAACAUUAUUAUUUACAUUUAUGUUAUUACAAUUUGUUCUAUCUUACAUUUCGCAUUACAUGUUAUCAAUAAUGUAGAGCCUUAUUCCAGUAUUUGGAACAGUAAAAAGGAAUUUUUAUUUCCGUUGAUACUCAUUACUCUGUCACUGUUUAUUUUGUUCAUUUUUUAGUUGAAACAUUCUUAUCAUCUGGUGCCAGACUUGGCUAAAGACAUUUCUCUAAAUCUUACAUAUAUUCAUACAUUCUCAAUUUAUUCAAAACAAAUUCUAUACCAAAGUCCAAAAUUUAUUUUGACUUAUUAGAGGUUUUAAGAGUUUACUAUCAACAGUACGAUACACAAAACUCAAAUGGUUAAAGAUUAAGAUUUUUCAAAAUAAGACUUUUUCAUUGGUCGAUUGAAAACAUUUAUUUACACUAAAUAAAGGUAUUUUCAGAAAGACAGCACAAAUAUGACAAAUGAAUACCUUAGCAUAUGACUUAAACACCAAGGUCAAGGUCAUAUUGUCACAAUUGUUUGUUACCAAGAUAAGGACUUCUCCAAAGAAAUACCCAUGAAAUUUGAAGUCCUAGCACAAACUGAUCAAAAGUUAUUGCCAAGAUUAUUUUUUUUCAAAAGCAGGUAAAAUUCCAAGGUUGAACACAAAGAGUUCUUUUUUAACAUAAGGUUUUGAAUAUCUUUCGGAUUUAUUUUCAUAUUGGUGUGCAGACAUUUUCAUUUUUUUUUAUCAAGAACCUACAGAUGAUUCAUUAGAAGUUUUCGAUAGUUUUUGUCUUGUUUGUUUGAUUGUUGUUUAAUGAAAUGAGACGACACCUCUUGCCAGUGGAGAGCUGUAUUUUGUUUUAUCAAAUACUUGACACUCAAGACCACACAGAAGGAGGGAUCUUUUUCCUGUGGGCACCUACUGCGACACGGGACCUUGGUCUAUACGGUCUCAUCCUAAGAGUCUCCUUGUCCCACAGUGGAACUAGAAUUCUUGACGUAAUGUUCAACUCCUAACUUCAUGAUUCUAGAUCAGACGCGCUUACCACUGCGUCACGCGGACGACUCUUCAGUUUUAUAAGUGA